UUGAUUAAAUUUAUAUUUUACGCAAUAGUCGCGUAUUGCUUAAAUUGUGGUACACCUGUGUCGCAAUAAAUAAAUUUACUAGACAUAUCAUCUGCCCUUGGGGCGCUGAGUGUGUAGGCGUAAACGCAUUUCCUCUAUUUGACUUUUACGUUAGUCACGUUCUCAUCUUCGCAUUAUUGUUAUAUUGAUGCGACUGAUUGUUAUUUUAAGUGAGAGUUACGGAUAUCAUUAGUGAUAAGGACCUGAGCAGAAAUAUCGUCAAUUGUAUCGAUGCCACAUAUACGAGUACGUCGUCGUCAUAACAUCGAUACAAUUGACUACCGUCAAUUGUUUAUGCGUUGAACAUUCGGCUACGAUUGUGACUGCGAUUCUAUUACGGUCAUUUUUCUACUCAGGCCCUAAAUCGAAAAUAGUAAAAGUGAGAAUAAGUACAAUUGUACAAUAUUAACAAAGAUAAAUAGAGACGAAUUUGCAUUAUCAACUAUUGCAAAUGCAGUAAGGGGAACUAUUCAGCAGCAGCAAUCCCAAAUUAUGCAGGCUACCAGGAAAAGUUUUAGCUCUCUUUAUGGUUGUUAUAAACCCUCGUCAUUUAGAAGCCAAAAAGGACGGCCAAAACAAUCAGUGAAGAAAUGCACUUUUUUCUUAUUACGUAGAUCAAAUCACGAUUAUUUCCCAUGCGCGUCAGAGUGUAAUUUUUUAACAGAAAAUGGUUUCGGUAAAAAAAUUAUCUAUUUAACAUUGAAUUGGAAGAUGACUAGAGUCAAAAAACAUAUUUGUGAAAAAUAUUUAAAAGUACAAUUAAAAUCAGUUGGAUUUCGGUUUGGAAAAUGCGCUAGAGACAAAAAAAUAACAUUGUUAACAGUGAAUACACCUCAAGAAUUAAUAAAUAAAGUGAAAGGACAAAUUAUUAUUAUCCCAAACAGAGAUUUAUCUUGUUCUGAUUACGAUAUAAAUGUUGAUACGUCACAUGAAAACUCAUCGACACAAAGGUUAGGACACAACAGACACAAUAGAUUUAAUAUCAGGAGCUAUUUAGAACAAUUAAAUUCUAGACAAGGUCCAAGAUUCAAUAAUAAUUAUAGAGAUUCAGGAUUGGUUACUACUCAACGCUGCCAAGAUAAUAUGAGGAAUAGACAAAGGAAUACAGGAAUUAUGAGAAGAGUGUCCGUAGAUACACAGUCAAAUACUCGAUUACAACAAAACAAUCAAUCUGAUGACGGUUAUCAAGUUCAGAAUGACAGUUUACUUAACAGAAGAGUUUCUUAUCAAAAUGAAUUUGCUUUAGAUUUAUCAAAUUUGGACAAUUUUUCAUAUAUUCCAGAAGCAAACCAAGAACUAACUAGUCAAAUUGAUAUUAAGUAUCCAGAUUUACCUAAUGGAGAAAUUAAUAUAAAUUUUAUUAUUAAAAGAGAAAAUAUUAUCAAAGAAAUGUUGGAUUUAUAUAAAGAUGAAAGUGUAGUACAAAAAAAGAUAAAUGUUGCUUUUAAAGAUGAAUUAGAGCUGAACUACGGUGACUUAACAAAGGAAUUAUUUUCUGAGUUUUGGAAAAAAAUUAUGCCCGAAUUUUUUAAGGGUGAGAAUCGAUCAGUUCCUUUCUUGUCUUUAUCAAAAAUGAGGAAAGGUUUAGAUGAAAAUUUUCCAAUUAUUGGUAGAAUUUUAGCCCAUACUAUUAUUUUAACAAAAUCAAUUCCAACAAAUAUAUGUAAAUCCAUAUAUUUGAAAUUAGGUUCGCUAGAUAAAGAAAUAAAACAAGAAAUAUUAUUAGAAGACCUUUUUCAAUUUAUAACACCAGUGGAACAAAGGUUAAUAUACAAAGCAAAGAAUUCUUUUGAUGACUUAAACAUUUCUGAAAAAGACAUGUUAUUAGAUUUUUUUGCAACUUAUGGACUUUUAGAAAAUCCGGAAAAAUCACAAAUAGAAAAUCAACUUUGCAUUAUAGCAAAAAACAUUUUAUGCAUAGAAAGUCACAAUCUUAUUAAAAAAAUUAAAGAUGGAAUCCCAUUAUUUUGUGAAAAAUUUUUUACAGAUUUGACUGAUUCUAAAGUUAACUUGUUAUUUGAACAAAUGGUUGCUAACCCUAAUAAAGUUGUAACGGUUCUAAAGACUGAUCCAGAAGAGUUGAAUAAUAUUCAAACUCGAAUUUUUUACUUUUUUAAAACGUACAUAAAAAAUUUGCCGCAAGAUAAUCUUUUAAAAUUAUUAUUAUUUGUAACUGCAUCAUCACAUUUGCCUGAUAAAAUAACCGUGAGCUUUAAAACUUCGGGUUUUCCAGUAGCCCAUACAUGUUCAAAUACUUUGGAAUUGCCAACAACUUAUUCUUCUUAUCAAGAAUUGAAAAAUCAUUUUGAUUUAAUCUUGGAAAAUGAAAAUUCCUUUCAGUAUACUUAAUUAUAAAAGUAUAUCAUAAAAAUAUUUAUUAAAAAGUAUAUUUUUAUAUAAAUAUAUUUUUAAAUAACU